GAGCCUGGGAGCGGGACAGCGCAGCGCCGCCGCGGUCGCCGCCGCAGCCCCGGGCUCGCCAUGCUCCUGGCCUCGGCCGUGGUGGUCUGGGAAUGGCUGAACGAGCACGGCCGCUGGCGUCCCUACAGCCCGGCCGUGAGCCACCACAUCGAGGCGGUGGUCCGCGCCGGCCCCCGCGCCGGGGGCAGCGUGGUGCUGGGCCAGGUGGACAGCCGGCUCGCGCCCUACAUCAUCGACCUGCAGUCCAUGAACCAGUUCCGCCAGGACACGGGGACCCUCCGCCCUGUUCGCCGCAACUACUAUGACCCGUCCUCGGCCCCCGGGAAGGGCGUGGUGUGGGAGUGGGAGACCGACAACGGCUCUUGGACGCCCUACGACAUGGAAGUGGGCAUCACCAUCCAGCACGCCUACGAGAAGCAGCACCCCUGGAUCGACCUCACUUCCAUCGGCUUUAGCUACGUCAUCGACUUCAGCACCAUGGGCCAGAUCAACCGGCAGACUCAGCGCCAGCGCCGCGUGCGCCGGCGUCUCGACCUCAUCUACCCGAUGGUCACGGGCUCCUUGCCGAAGGCCCAGUCCUGGCCGGCCAACCCCGGGUCGGCCGCCUUGCCCCCCGGCCCGCCCUGCUCCUGCCCACAGUGCGUCCUGGUGAUGAGCGUCAAGGCGGCCGUGGUCAACGGGAGCGCCGGGUCCCUGCAGCCCCCCGUGGCCCGCAAGAACGUGGCCCCAUCCGGAGCGGUCAAGCUGCCCCCGCCACCAGGCCCGGGGACCAAGCCACUGGACAGCACAGGCACCAUUCGAGGCCCGAUAAAGAGCGCCCCAUCGCAGCCCAUGCGGCGACAAGCCUCCGGCACGCCGGCAGGGGCGACUGCGGGCUCUCCUGCCAGCCCCCCAGGAGCCAACGUCAAGACGGGAAGGGUGGCCCUGGCGACUUUGAAUCGAACCAACCUGCAGCGACUGGCCAUCGCCCAGUCCCGGGUGCUGAUCGCCUCUGGGGUCCCCACCGUCCCCGUGAAGAACCUACAUGGGUCCAGCCCCGUCAAUCCUGCCUUGGCAGGAAUCACCGGGAUCCUCAUGAGUGCAGCAGGGCUGCCCGUGUGUCUCACCAGGCCACCGAAGCUGGUCCUCCACCCGCCCCCUGUCAGCAAGAGCGAAAUUAAAUCCAUCCCGGGGGUUUCCAACACAAGCCGCAAGACCACCAAAAAGCAGGCCAAGAAAGGUAAAACCCCAGAAGAGGUGCUGAAGAAGUAUCUGCAGAAAGUCCGGCACCCACCAGACGAGGACUGCACCAUCUGUAUGGAGCGCCUCACAGCCUCCUCGGGCUACAAGAAUCCACAGCCGACGGUCAAGCCUGACCUGGUGGGCAAGCUGUCCAGAUGCGGCCACAUCUUCCACAUCUACUGCCUGGUCGCCAUGUACAACAACGGCAACAAGGAUGGGAGUUUGCAGUGUCCAACCUGUAAGACCAUUUAUGGGGUGAAGACAGGCACCCAGCCUCCGGGGAAGAUGGAGUACCACCUCAUCCCCCACUCCUUGCCCGGCCACCCAGACUGCAAAACCAUCCGGAUCAUCUACAGCAUCCCCCCUGGCGUUCAGGGGCCAGAACACCCGAAUCCUGGGAAGAGUUUCAGCGCCCGUGGUUUCCCACGACACUGCUACCUUCCAGACAGCGAGAAAGGGAGAAAAGUUCUGAAGCUGCUGCUGGUGGCCUGGGACCGCCGCCUCAUUUUCGCCAUCGGGACCUCCAGCACCACGGGCGAGUCGGACACCGUCAUCUGGAAUGAGGUGCACCACAAGACAGAGUUUGGCUCCAACCUCACUGGCCAUGGCUACCCAGAUGCCAAUUACCUGGAUAACGUGCUGGCUGAACUGGCCGCCCAAGGCAUUUCUGACAGCACUGCCCAGGAGAAGGACUGAGCUGGGAGGGCUUUGUGGGGAGGGGCUGUGGGGGCUGCGGGACAGGAAGUGGGGAGAGUCAAGGUGGACGUUGGUGUCCUGCCCUCUCAACUCCCUCAUCUCCCCUCCUGUCCUGUCUCCAUUCCCUUCUCCUUCCAGCCACAGUGGGGGAGCCCUGUGGAGUACGGGGACACCAUUCAUAAACCAUCCACCACAAAGGGGACAUGGGACGGGGCCCAUCCCUGGUCCGUUCCCAUGGAGUUUUCGGUGCUGGGUAGGCAAGAACACUGCCCCUCACGCCCCCCGAAGUGGGCAUGGCGAGCACACUGAGGUGUGGACAACGCCUGGGCACGCCAUACCCUGGCCUUGUGAAGCCCGAGGUGCGUUGCCUCGGCUGGCUUCUUGCUGCUUCUGCUCUGCUUUGAGGGUGGAGUUUCUGCUUUUCUCUCCUCCACGGGAGGCGAGGAGCUCUCACUGUGCAAGGUUGGGGGGCAAAGGGGUGAACCGCUACACGGCUGUGACAUCAGAAACCGGUGCCUCGGUGUACAGCGAGGCACCGCUUCUUGCCAAGCGCAUCAGAGAGGCCAAGAGUUCUGGGAGCACGCUCGGCUCUCAGAUAGUCCUUGGCUUCUCCGGGCCCUCCCCGCUCCCCACACUUUUGACCAGUCCAAAGAGACGUCUGGUUCUCUCGUGCGGAUGGAUGGGCUCUGGGACUCCUCUCUGGGUGGCAUCCCAUGAGGUCAUUUCCAGCCACCCCCUGAUCAGACCAGAGCCUGCAUCCCACUUAGCAUCUGAGCUGCCCUCAGAGAGAGGAGCCCACAGCCUUCUUCCCAACUCAUCCCGACCAGCUCAAAGAUUCCCUGAGUCUCAUCAAGUCACUGUGAGUGGAGCCUGUGCUGGGCUCUGUGCCAUCUGUGUGUGUGCAUAUCUGUGUGUGUGUGUGUGUGUGUGCGUGUGCAUGUGCGCGUGUGCACGUGCACACCUCUGGGCCAGGUUGGAGGAGGCUCCCAUCACGUUCUCACACUCUGUUUUGCAAGAUGUCAAACCCCAGUUCUGAUGGGGAUCAGAU